AGUGUAAGAAACAUCACGUUUAACAGAUAACACCAGCAGCUGUCUGAAUCAGACUCAAUUGGACGAGUACAUCGCCCUCGCCAAAGAGAAACACGGCUACAACAUGGAGCAGGCUCUGGGGAUGCUCUUCUGGCAUAAACACAACAUAGAGAAGUCUCUGGCCGACCUGCCCAACUUCACCCCGUUCCCAGAUGAGUGGACGGUGGAGGACCGCGUCCUGUUUGAACAGGCCUUCAGCUUCCACGGCAAGAGCUUCCACCGCAUCCAGCAGAUGCUACCUGAUAAGUCGAUGGCCAGUCUGGUUCGGUUCUACUACUCGUGGAAGAAGAGUCGCAGUAAAACGAGUCUUAUGGACCGGCACACCCGAAAACACAAGAGAGAGAGAGACAGGUGAGCUGCAACUCUACAGGUAGAGAGAGAGAGACAGGUGAGCUAGAACUCU